CAUAGAUUGAACGUCAAAUGUAGUCACUGGUAGUCACGUUCGUCGAGCGUCAGCUGUUUGCGUUGUAUCCGAGAGGUUAUAUGAAUACUUAAGAUACAGAAACUGUUUGGAGAAAUACAAAUAUAAAUAUAUUUUAUAAUUAUACUUAACUGAAUUCGUUGCAAUUAUGGGUGAUACUACUUUCCUCGAAGUUGAUGAUUCUAUUAGGGCUAAAAGUUUACUAUUAUUUAAUAAAGAUACGGAUACUUUAAAUCAGCAGAUGGAUGAGUUGAUGAAACAAUUUGAUUCGACGCCAUCUAUUCUUGUACAGCCUAUUCCUGGCAUCUGUGUGAAAACUAAAACAGUUAACAAAGAAAAAAUCUUUAUUAACGUAUGCACAUCUGAUAAGAUUCCUCCACCAGAUGACAUAUCUGAUACUAAACUAUUUGAGCUUCUAAAUGAUGAAGUUCCUGCUUACGCUAUACCGAUGAGUAUUGGCUUUGAAAGAAUGGAAGCAGACAAAUCUGGUACACCCAGUGCAACGUAUGAUGUUAUGAUGAAUAGUGCAUAUUUACAAAAAUGUCAAGAAAAGAAACAUUUCAUGGCGUUUACGAUAUUGGUUAUAUUAAGUGGUGUGGCGGAUAAAUUUAACAAAGAUAUUGAUACAGAAAAUUAUAUUAUUCUUAAAAAUCGUACGGUAAUGGGAAAACUUCAACAACAUAGAAUAGAAAAUCGUGAACUGAAAAAGCCACAAAGACCUAAGAUGUUAAUCGAGGAAAUUCCGCAUUCUAUAAAACCUAUCGACAAGACUGAACCACAAGAUAGUGAUACAGCAAAAACGGGUUAUGUGAUUUUAAGAGAACCAGUAAAAGGCCGAGCUGAGCGUUUAAUUGCUUUAUUUUACAUGCCAAAAAGGAGUUCAGUCGACAGCAUGGCAGUGUUUAUCAAUUCUGAUCGCAUAAAUGUGACAGAUGAGAAAGCUUGCUGUUCACAUGACGUUUUUCUUCCAUAUACGCUUCAAGUACAUAGUGCGAAAGCUUUUUUUGAUUACAAUAUUGGGGUAUUACGAAUAGAUGUAGUAGUAGAUGGAAAAACAGAAAAUGCUUAAAAUCACUUUUAUUUUUUGUGUCCCUUAUUUCCAAAGAAAGUUUUGUAUUUUAUUAAAGUGAAUAAAAUGUGAUUUUA